CUUACUCCCACAUACUAAUUGACAGCUCCACAACAUCGCGCGCGCUGCAGCCGGCCUCACCUGGCUGCCCCUCUGACUGCUCCGCGUGUCCAAAUGUCUCGAGCGGGAGAGAUGACUUCUCAGGAGACUUCCAACGACUUGGGCUGCAGUUCUUCCGAGGAGGACAGUAAUCGCACGGAUUUGGCGGAGGAGAAGGCGACGUCUCCGGUGGUGCGUCGGCAUCAUCCGUUCAGCGUGGAGGCGAUCAUGUCCGGGAGGAAGACGGAGGGUCGCGUCGGGGAGUCCACCUGGUGUAAAACGGAGGUGUCGGUGUCUCCUCUCGGUUUGAACUCUCUGUAUGUGUGCCGGGAGAAGUGCAGCCUUCCAGGGGAGAGUAGGAAAAGCUUCCCUGCUGCGCCUUCAUCCCCGGUUAAAUCCGAGGCGUCAGAGUCAGAGGAGUGCGCGCCCUGGGUCACCAGCAGCGCGUUUGCACAACAGCCUCGUCAUGUAAGUCCAGCCUGUCCUCUGAGGAAACACAAGACCAACCGAAAGCCUCGCACGCCCUUCAGCACAUCGCAGCUGCUGGCCCUGGAGAGAAAGUUUAGGCAGAAGCAGUACCUGUCCAUCGCCGAGCGGGCUGAGUUCUCCUCGUCUCUGACCCUGACGGAGACCCAGGUCAAGAUCUGGUUCCAGAACCGCCGCGCGAAAGCCAAAAGGCUGCAAGAGGCCGAGCUGGAGAAACUCAAGAUGGCCGCCGAUGCCAAGACGGCAGCAGUGGCGGCUGCUGCUGCUGGAGGUUUACACCCUGGGUUUACGUUACCGCUGUCACUGGGGGCCAUGACAUUGUACGGACAGUCUUAUUCUGCCUACCACCACCAUCACAGACCCAUACUGCCUAUCUCACCUCUGGGCCUGUACGCUGCUCCUCUGGGCUACAGCAUGUACCACUUAUCAUAGACAUGGAUAUAUCACAGACUGUGUUUAAAUGUGUUUCAGAGGAUUCCAAAAAUAAUGGACACCAAGGACUGUGUCUGAAUGACAAUCUAAAAAAGCAAUGAUUUAUCUACUGCACAAGGAGUGUUUGAAUCGACCUCAAGCACUACAAAUUCAAAUUGUAUUUUUUCCAUCUGCGAAGAUAAAAAAAAGUUGCCCCUUUGGACUACUUGUUUACAUAUUAUGUCUGUAAGAGAAGAAAUACCACCAUCCAGCUGUUUAGAAUGCUCACUUGUUUACUUCUGCAAUAAUUAAGCUGGAGGCGAUGACUUGCACUGCACACAAUGAUAGAACUUUUCACUUAAGCCUUUUCCUUCAUUCUUCAUUCAGUGCCUUAAGUUGGGCCUUAAUAUCAAAGUACUUUGUGCGCAUUGUAUGGAUGAUGAGUGUUUCAGACACACAAAUAAAACAUAUCCCUGCAGCCGUCUUUAAAUCCUACAGAAGUGCCUGUCUUAAAAACCUCUUAGAUUCAGUUUCAGCUUUGUUUCCUCUUAAUGAGGUUUCAUAACUGUACGCAGUUUAUGAGGAUCUUCAUCCUCUAUCUAUCACAGCAAUAACAAAACAUUUUAUCACCUUACCACACAUUUAUUGCCACAUAUUUAUUCUCUUCUCUGGACUAUAAUUAUGCUGGAAAUGUAUGAAUGUCACGUGUAUUUAUAAGAAUUUGGUACUUAAGUUCUGAUCAAAAUUGUAUUUAUAUUGUUCCUACCUGACGGUCCCUUUGAGAGGGCCGACACUGUGCUAUGCAGUUUAUAUAUAUAUAUACAUAUAUAUAUAUUUUCCACUAUUGUUAUACCAUUAAAAUGAGUCAAUGUUU